AUGGCGCCAAAGCGUGCCGUCUUCGCCGACAAGAGCAACACCCUCCGAACCACGACCAGUUUCAAGGAUGAGUCCAAGGUACCAGACGUCAAGGUCCAGGUCGUGAAGGCCCUGGAGAAUCCCAUUCCAGCCAAAGCUACCCAGAAAGACGCGUUCCUGCGUCCCGCGCAACGACCCUCUUCCAAGGGCAACACGUUCCUUCCCUCGGCGCAGAACAAUGGCUAUAUCCAGCCAUUGACUGGUGUUGUGUCAAAUGCCCCUUCUCAAGCGGCCACCAAACUGCCCAAGCGGGCUUCCACUUCCAUCUACAACGACAAUGAUGACAGCAACAACAGCAACAACAACGAUAGUCGGCCCACGACUGCAGAGUCAGGCACCGUCGUUACCCAUCACAUCGAAGCUGCGGACGCGGUCCGGACGACUUCUACUAUUUUCCCACGUAAACCUCGACACUACCAGAGCCAGCCUGCUCUCAAAUCUAUGCAGCAGAAGCAGCAGCAGGUUGUCUCCCUUCUCGACACCGACAUUAACAACUUGGCUCACUGGGAACCUCUGCCUGCCGCCAAGAAUAUCAUCGAGGACGACGUCGCACAGACUCCCUAUUUGGACGCUGUGGAGGAGCUAUCACCCGAGCAGUGCCCCAUUUUGCAGCCACGUAAAGUCGACUCUUCGCUUUCAAUUCGCGACCCCGAGUCAGAGCCAGAGUCUCGAUCCGAGUCUGUUAUCCACAACAUCAACUAUCAAGACGAGUGCCUGAUCUCGGCAGCCGAUCUGCUCGAACACGAACUUUCUGACCACGAAGACGAGGACUUUUACGACAUCGAUCAAGGAUAUACGACUGCCCAUACGUAUCGAUCCACCGACGACGCAGUUCACCCCGACGUCGGUGACCUGCUUGAAGCUGAGGCUGAACCUAGUGUCACUAUGACCGUCAUGGACGCACCAAAGUUCUCCAAGCAGACGCUCGACGAGAUCGAGGCCGCCCGUGUACAUGUCGAAAAGAAUCGUACGACGGAGGAAGUCGAAGAUGAGCGAUGGGAUAUCAGCAUGGUCGCCGAGUAUGGAGAUGAAAUCUUCGAAUACAUGAAAGAAAUGGAGAUUGCCCUCCUUCCGAGUGCCCAUUACAUGGACAUUCAGACCGAGAUUCAAUGGUCUAUGCGCAGCGUCUUGAUGGACUGGGUCAUCCAGGUCCACGGCCGCUUCAAUCUGCUACCUGAGACUCUCUUCCUAGCAGUCAACUUCAUCGAUCGAUUCCUGUCAGUCAAGGUAGUGUCUCUGGGCAAGCUUCAGUUAGUCGGCGCCACGGCUCUUUUCUUGGCGGCGAAGUACGAGGAGAUCAACUGUCCCUCGGUGCAGGAGAUCGUCUACAUGGUCGAGAAUAGCUAUUCGGUGGACGAAAUCCUCAAGGCGGAGCGGUAUAUGCUCAGUAUGCUCAACUUUGACCUUGGCUUCCCGGGGCCCAUGAGUUUUCUCAGGCGUAUCAGCAAGGCUGACGAUUAUGAUCUCGAGACGCGAACUCUGGCCAAAUAUUUCCUCGAGGUGACAAUCAUGGAUGAGCGCUUCGUCGCAUGCCCGCCCAGCUUUCUUGCAGCAGGCUCACACUGUCUCUCGCGACUCAUCUUAGAGAAGGGCAAAUGGACUACUGAGCAUGUCCAUUACUCUGGUUAUACGUUUGCUCAGCUUCAACCAAUGAUCAGCAUGAUUCUUGAAUGCUGCACCAUAGCAAAGAAGCACCACCAGGCAGUCUUUGAAAAGUACUCGGAUAAGCGCUACAAGCGUUGCGCCGCCUAUGUCGAGAGUCAGUUGAAGUCGGGAUUCUACUUGGAAGCCCCUCCUCAGUCGAUGGUGCCAGCACCAAAUGGCCGCUACGAAAGCUUGCCACCCACGUGGGGGCCCUCGACAGUACCUUACGAACGCAGCUACAUGCGCAUGCCUAUUCCUCUCCAAGGUUGA